GUCAUGUGAGAAUGGACGAUACGGAUGAAAUAGAUUUUCUUAAUUAUGUUUCUUCCGGACAAUAUGAGAGACCCCGUGAGCCCGUUUUGAUAAAAGGAUGUGGGGAUGUAACAAUCUUUGGUAUGAACAAUAAAUUCAAGGAAGAAUUCCCUAAUGAAUUACAUGGUAAACUAGCACCUGAAGAAUUUGAGGAAAGUAUACGCAAAAUAAAUGAGCGCUUGGAGAAUUCACUACCUAGUCAUGUUAGAUGGUUUAUUUGUGGGUUAUUGUGUUGUUGUUGUACAGCUGGCUGCUCACUAUGGCCAGUAAUUCAUUUAAGCAGACGAACCAAAAGAGAUCUACAAAAAAUACUGGAAGCUGAAAAUAUUCGAUUGUAUUGUAAUAUUGGUUUACGUUUGUCUUUGGUCAAACAGCGGUCUUCCGAAACAACAACACUGAUGGAAUACGUUCUUCGAAUAGAUCAAUUGCCAAAAGCGUGUAUAUAUUUUCCUGAUUGAACUUUUCACAAAAUUGAGACAAAAAACGGGCAUCAUUAUCAUUUCUGAGGAAUUUUUACUUUCAUUCCAAUUUCCAUGAAAAAUGUUCAGUAAUUUUAUUUUUGUAGUGAUAUAUCUUCCUUAUUUUCAUGCCAAAAUGUUGAGUUUUUCUUAUCAAUAUUACUAGUCCUAUGUUCAGCUGAUUAUCAUAAACAAUAUCAUAUUGAACCGUUCGAAUGUAUACACGAAUUCAAUAACGCUAUGUUUAAACUGUAGGUUUUAACUUACCUAGUAGAUCUGAACAGUUUGUUGUGAAAUAUACUGUUCACUAUCCAUUUGGAUAUAUAUAUAUAUAUAUAUAUAUAUAUAUAUAUAUAUAUAUAUAUAUAUAUAAUGUUGUUUCAUUCUUCAAUAGUUGUAUUAUUUCAAUUUCAUUAUUUUUGUACAUGUACCAUUUAUUUUUCUAUCAUUGUUAUUAUUACUCUCAAUAGUAUUUAAUGAUAGUAAAUUUAAUUUUUAACUCCUCUUUUCCCCUUGUUAUAUAUGACCACUGGGAUAUUGUUAUCUUUUUUUUUGAGGCAAUACCAACAUUUUUCACUUUCUCUAGUUUCUCCUACAUUACUUAAUUUGACUACUCUUCAAUACAUCACAUGCAUUUCUAUGUGGCUUUGGAUACGUUGUAUACUGGUAAGUUUAGUUUUGAAGAUGAUAAAAUUUAAGUGUCAUUCAUCCAAAUACUGUUGAAUAAUAUCCUAGCCGUAUACUAUUUAACCAAAGCAUCAUUUCUUAAGUGAUUUAUAUUUCAGUUUUUCAUCCUUAAUCCAAUCUGUUUAUUUUUCUUUAGGAAAAAAGUUACGUUUAGUUUUGCAUACUCCAAUUGUUUGUAGUUUCGUGUAAAAUUGUAUUGGUUUACGUGUUUUCAAUAUUUAUACACAUGUAAACCACUUAUCUUACUUUUUCUGUUAUUUUUAUGAUAUUAUAACAAAUUUUCAUGAGUAACAGUUAUGUUUAUGAUAGUAAUGAUAUUUUAGAAUUAUUCACUUCCUUGUAAAUAAACCCUGCUGUACAUCAAUUAUAUCAAAAG